CUUGGAACAACUUGGAACUUGGACAAUGGACCGAUGAUGAGCUUCUUCCGAAUGAUGCAUUAAUGAACAUAGCUCAAGAUAAGCUGCUAAACACUUACAAAUCGAUCAUUGUGCAUCUGAACAUUCACGAUGGUCUUGGAGUUGCUCAAUAUUGCCGCCAUCCCAACAGCGAUCGGCGCUGCAGAAGCCGUGCACCAACAGAAUGUAUUCGACGAGGAAGCAGAAUCAGAUGAACGACAAGCACCAUUCUACCUAGAUGUCUAUUGCGAUGCAGCAUCGAAGAAACGCGACGAAGUCCAUAAUGCCAUCGUCGUCCUAAAAGACGGCAAGCUCCGCCUCUGGCCCAAAGAUCCAGAAACAAAUCUUCCAGAGGCACCAGAUGAUGACAAUGAUUCACCACCACCACACCCAUUCCAAGGCUUCUACCUCCCAUAUCCGACUGAAGACCUCCCGGACCGACCCAUCCCGGCGCCUAGGAUCCUAGGUCUCGUGAGCACCAUUCCACCCGAUCCCUCUUCUUCAUCUCCAAAGUCGAAAUCCAAGGGCAAAGGAAAGCGCAGUUCAAGAGCAGCGAAACACAAACUCAACUGGAUAUAUGCAGAUAAGAAUACGAGGGAGCUGAAGUAUGGGCCCAGGGCAGUGGCGCGAGAUCACUUCAUUGGACCUUGGGAUUGGACGGAGGACGACGAGCAAGGGCUUGUUUUGGAUGGGGAGGAAAGUCUUGUAGCCGUUGAGGAAGAGAAGGGGGGUUAUGGGUGGGCUGUUUAUUGGGAUAGGGAGGAUGAUCGGUUGAAGGGGUUCGAGGUUGGGAAAACGAAGAGGGUGUUGAGGUGUAGUCUUGAGCGAAGAUUGAUCGAAGAGGAGGAUGAUGGCAUACAUGUGGAAUAAUGUCCCAAUGAAUAAAAUUUGAUCAGUUCACGCAAUGUGUCAACUACCUAAUCGUGCUUUCUCGCCUUCUCGAC